GCAAGUGUCGCACGAAGCAACGCAACGCGCAAGAGCGCCACUUCGCCUUCCCUGCUGAAAUCCGGCCGAUCCAGCCACCAUUUGGGCCGGGUCUUGUGUCUAAACCCAUCCACUCGUCGAGAGCUUCGUGGCAAUAUAAAUUUCAAAAUUUUCCGACACCGUUUUUCGGUAGGUCCCACGGAACUUCGCAGUGUUUUUCCGAGCAUUAAAUGAGCUUAGAAAAUUCCGUAAAAUUUAUGUACUAACCCCCGUGUUGUGGGCUUCGUCUAGAUAUCUUCAAUUCGCGGAAUUUCGACAGUUGUCUGGGUCUGUGAAUUUCCAGCCAGACAGAUCGGCUACCGGAAAAGUCUCCGAAUUGGAUCGAGGUUUUGGCUACCCCACCAUUGUCAGACGUCCCGAGCGCGUCCCCGAAGUCGGAAUCGGCAUAGGUGAGCCGGGACAGCCUUCUUCCUCCGCCCAGCCGCCACAGUGACCCUGUCAAGUCUGUGAGUAAAAUAUUAAUUUUGAUUAUAAUUUCGAUAUUAUUAUAUGUUUAAGCAUGCCCAUGCAUCACUUAUAUGUAUGUAUCUAUGUAGUUAAACUCUAGGCAUGUUUUAUGUUGCAUUCAUAACUGUUAAAGUGUCAUAGAUGUUGUUGUGAUAAUUUGGAGCAGUGUGUAUGCGUUGGCGUGCGUGUGAUGUGGUGUUGACUAUGGAUAGGACGGGUAGACACGGCUUGAGAUCUUUGCUGGGACCCGGUCCUUCGGGGUAGACACGGCUUGAGUUCUUCGCUGGGGCCCCGAUUUGGUUUAUUAAGCGAAAGUCCGGCUUGAGUUCUUCGCUGGCACAGGUUGGAUUUAAGAGAGCUGUAUAAGGGAUCAGCUCCCAUAUAUUAUGAUUGAUAUUACUGGGUAUGUGAGUGCUCCAAAUUACCUUUUUGCUGUUAUGAUGUGAAAAUAUUGUUGAUGUUGCAUUUCACUUUACAGGGUGCAUUUGCUUAGAGAGUUAUAGAGAUUAUGGUUUAAAUUGAUAUUUUACUCUCUGAGUCGAACGCUCACUCCUGUUCAAUAUUUUUUCAGGCCACAGGAGGAUAUUUUUGAGGUUAACCUACUUUUCUUCCUCGCAGGUCGUUUAUUAAUUUUUGUAUAAACCUGUUAACUCUUAGAAUUUCUGCAUGUGUUAGCAAUAUUUAUUUGAAUUGGAUCUGUAAUAUAAAUUGUUAUUUUAGAUCUGUAAACUUAUUAUUUUAUGCAUAUUAAUAGACUGGAUGAGAGAGCUGAGCUCCCAUUUAUUUUUAUGUUGUAUGAGUAUGUGGAGGAUGAGCUGAGCUCCCCAAUUGAUUAUAUAAUGUGUUUAGAGGUCGGGUGAGUCCAAAACUCCCGUUGAAAUGUCCAUUUUAUGGCCGGACUCUGUCCGGUUGAAUUCUUGAAAUUGGGCCCAAAUGGGCCUUAGAGUUGGGUUAAGGAAUAGUUAGGCUUACUACGGGCCUCGGGGGCUUUAGGCUGGCCCAGGUCCUAGUGCCGGUCCGGCCCAUAGGUUGGGUCGUGACAAAAGAAUAGCAUGUUGGAAAUGGAUAUUUCAUUUUGAAUAGGUUUGGGUCAAAUUUUAAUUAUGGAACAAUUAUUCCGUGGAAUAACAAUUUCUCAAUCUCAACUUUGAAUUAAAGAAUAGAUAUUUUUCAAAUUUGUGGAAUACAAAUUUGAUAUAUAAUUGGAGACUGAAGGAUGGCUAUUCCAUGGUCAUGGAUAGCUAUUUCAUUCUCAUUCUAGUUAUUCUGUGAACCGAAUGAAGCAUGUGGUUAGUGAUAUAGGUCUCUGUAUUGUUGAAGUUUACUCCUUUAAGCAUUGAAUUUUCAAGGGCUUGCAGUUAAUAUAUCCAGCACAUUUAGCUUUCUGUUCAAACAUUUAUUUCUCUAUUUAAUUAUUGAUGGUUUGGGUUUAUUUUUGGUAGGCGAAAUGCUUUCUAAGGAAGUUGAGAGGCUUCAAAAGCUUCAGAAGCAACUUUUUUCCAGUUCAAGGGAUGACAAAAAUGACAAUAUACAGCAGAAUAUCUUGAAACUGCACAAGUUACACCAGGAGAGGUGAUCCGUGAUUCAGUAAGAAGAAUAACAAGAAAGCGCAGACGAGAAGAUGGAAUUGUGAUGGAAGGUGCUAAUACUCCUUGUCAAAGUGAUCAAGAUGAUUUAUUGGUAGGAGAAUCAACAAAGGGCUCAUCUAAGGGAGCUUUGUCAAUUGAGGAUUUGGAAAAUGAGCAGCAGCCGGAAUUUUGUAAAAGAACCGUUCACAGAUCAGUGGACGGUGUCAUGAAUGAUAGUGGUUCUACCAACUGCCAGUUUCAAGCUCUUGUUGAGAGCUUUCUGGGCCUGAUUUUCGAGUGUGAAAGGAAUAUGCAUUUCAGCUUUGCAUCAAUCAAGUGGUUGGUGGAGAAGAACCAGAGCUGCUAUACCGGGUGUCAACGUUAGGAAACAUUCGAGAGGGUAGCACCAGAGUGGAUGAUCGGUUCUAAUGUUCAGCACAAGCAAUCUUCUUUGAAAGGGUAGCCCGCGUCAUCAAGAUGCAGCACUGAUGAUUCUCUCAUGAUCGGUUCGCGGUUGCUAAUAUCUAUUGAUUUUCUUAACAUUGUAAAUGAACAGCAUUCAAGAAUAGGACUUGCACCGGAAGUUCAUCU